CAGUCCGUUGUCGUCCCAAUUGCGGAACCGACAAAAAUUCAAAACACAGUAGCUUUUAUUUCUAUUCAAAAAGAUCGGCUUGUCUGUGUUUGUCGCACGCCUUUUUUGCUGAGUAACGAGAUUUGCAGUAUUUCAAUCCGCGCCAUGUUCGAGAGAAAUUUUAGAGGGACGGAGAUCAAAUUUUUUCAUUCCUUUCAGUCAUGCAGUUCAAGGCUGUCAUUUUCGAUAUAGGUGUAUGUGUAGGAAGCCCCAUGCGGGGGAUUCAUCGCUUCGAACAGGAAAACGGGCUACCGAGGAAUUACAUCAAUGUCGCCAUUGUACAGCAAGGUGAACAUGGUGCUUUUCAGCAAUUAGAGCGGGGUGAAAUUAAGUUGCAUGACUUUUACAAAGCCUUUGGUGAUCAGUUAUCUCAUCCUUCGAACAAGGCCCAUUACAAAGCUUAUCUUGAGAAAGCAGGGAAACCUGUACCUGAACAUAUUCCGGAUGUAGUUGUUGAUGGGAAAGAAUUGUUUCGCACCAUGAUGAUUGAAACAUCCAUUAUUGAUCAACGAGUAUUUAAGGCCAUCCAACGCUUAAAAGAGAAUAAGCAGCUAACGAUCGCGGCAUUAACCAACAAUUUUGAAUUGCCGGAACACGACUUGGAAGAAACCAAGGCGCUUGGCAACUCUGUUCCAGAAAGUCUACGUAGUCAGUUUGAUUAUUUUAUCGAAUCACGACUCGUUGGAUUAAGGAAACCCGAUCCCAAAUUCUUUUCCUAUGCUUGCGACCUGAUUGGAGUAGCACCAAACGAAGCCAUCUUUCUGGAUGACAUUGGCAUGAACUUGCGUGCCGCCAAAAAGCUGGGCAUGACGACCAUCCAGGUCAAACUCGGGAAAUCGGCGGAAGCCAUCCAACAGCUCGAAGCAUUGGUCAACAUGGAUCUUCAAAGCGGGGCUGCGAAACUAUAGGCAUAUUAUGUCAUGCGGAAGCCUGAAUCGUUAUAAACAAGAUAAAUUUUGAUACCCAAUCGAAAGAUAUGGGAG